CCCAUACAAAAACCGCUACAUUACAUAUUUUAUUUUCGUCUUUUAGGAAACAAACACCGCAAUUUUAAAAAUCUACCUAAAACAUGUGCCAAACGUCGUCAAGCAUGGGAAUGUUCAAAAGACUACAACAGUGAUGGGUCAUUAUCGUCUUGUGUUUUGAAAAAUGUAACAAUUCUUCAAUAUGUGAAACCUAUCUCAGGCGAUACAAUAUCCGACGCUGCACAAUUUGAUCUGCCAAUGUCUCCUACACACACAGCUAAAAUUGUCAAGAUCAACGGUCAUAGUGGUCUCUCUGGAAGAUUUAGUCCACAACUGAUAGACAUCUGGAGCAAAUCAUUUGCUUUUCGAUCAUUAUUGGCUUCAAUAGUAAGUGAGUUAGCUGGCUAUGAAACAAGUAGUAACAGUAUUGAUUCGCAUGUCGAAUGCAGCCCGACGAGAGCACAAUCAGAUGAAGAAGAUUUGUCUCUAAUCUUAUCAAAAUUAAAAUAUGAAAAAUUAUAA